AUGAACGAUAAAGAAGAAAAGAAGGGAAGUCAAGAAAAAAAUGAAAGAAAAAAAGGAGAAGGAAAGAAGAAGGGAAGAAGGGAAGAAGGGAAGAAGGGAAGAAGGGAAGAAGGGAAGAAGGGAAGAAGGGAAGAAGGGAAGAAGGGAAGAAGGGAAGAAGGGAAGAAGGGAAGAAGGGAAGAAGGGAAGAAGGGAAGAAGGGAAGAAGGGAAGAAGGGAAGAAGGGAAGAAGGGAAGAAGGGAAGAAGGGAAGAAGGGAAGAAGGGAAGAAGGGAAGAAGGGAAGAAGGGAAGAAGGGAAGAAGGGAAGAAGGGAAGAAGGGAAGAAGGGAAGAAGGGAAGAAGGGAAGAAGGGAAGAAGGGAAGAAGGGAAGAAGGGAAGAAGGGAAGAAGGGAAGAAGGGAAGAAGGGAAGAAGGGAAGAAGGGAAGAAGGGAAGAAGGGAAGAAGGGAAGAAGGGAAGAAGGGAAGAAGGGAAGAAGGGAAGAAGGGAAGAAGGGAAGAAGGGAAGAAGGGAAGAAGGGAAGAAGGGAAGAAGGGAAGAAGGGAAGAAGGGAAGAAGGGAAGAAGGGAAGAAGGGAAGAAGGGAAGAAGGGAAGAAGGGAAGAAGGGAAGAAGGGAAGAAGGGAAGAAGGGAAGAAGGGAAGAAGGGAAGAAGGGAAGAAGGGAAGAAGGGAAGAAGGGAAGAAGGGAAGAAGGGAAGAAGGGAAGAAGGGAAGAAGGGAAGAAGGGAAGAAGGGAAGAACGGAAGAACGGAAGAACGGAAGAACGGAAGAACGGAAGAACGGAAGAACGGAAGAACGGAAGAACGGAAGAACGGAAGAACGGAAGAACGGAAGAACGGAAGAACGGAAGAACGGAAGAACGAAAGAACGGAAGAACGAAAGAACGAAAGAACGAAAGAACGAAAGAACGAAAGAACGAAAGAACGAAAGAACGAAAGAACGAAAGAACGAAAGAACGAAAGAACGAAAGAACGAAAGAACGAAAGAACGAAAGAACGAAAGAACGAAAGAACGAAAGAACGAAAGAACGAAAGAACGAAAGAACGAAAGAACGAAAGAACGAAAGAACGAAAGAAUGGAAGAAUGGAAGAAUGA